AAACGUUAAAUCCAAGAAAUAUUAAAAGAAAAACUGAGAAAGAAGAUUCUAGGCAGCUCAUCUUCUUCUCUGCAUAGACGCCUAAGGUUAUAAUUAUAUAUAGACAUCAGACUACAACGUCUCCAUCUAGAAAUCUUUUGGUUUUGAUCAAGACAUGAAGCAACAGGAAGCAUACAUGUUCUUCACCGCUGCUCUAAUCAUUAUCCCCCUCCUUUUUUCACUUCCAUCAUCAUCACUUGAAGCUCAUCGUGAAGUUGAGGUAGGGGAUGAGAGGGAGUUCGAUUACAUUAGAGGGAGUAAGAAAGGACCAGAACACUGGGGAGAGCUUAAGAAAGAAUGGGCUUCUUGCAGGACAGGAGAUUUACAAUCUCCUAUAGAUAUGUCUAAUAACAGAGUUGAAGUGAUCAGAAAAUCUGGAGAUUUCAAGAGGAAUUACAAGCCUUGUAAUUCUGUUGUCAAGAACCGAGGCCAUGAUAUUUCGCUUGAAUGGAAGGGAUACAACGCAGGAUCAAUACAGAUAAAUGGGAACGAAUACUUUCUGCAACAAUGCCAUUGGCACUCUCCUUCUGAGCACACCAUUAAUGGCAGGAGGUAUAACAUGGAGUUGCACAUGGUUCACGUAAACACAGACCCAAAUGUGAAAUAUAAUAUUACUGUGAUUGGCAUCCUCUACAAGAUUGGUCCACCCGAUGCUUUCCUCUCCAAGUUGCUAAGUGAUAUAAAGUCCAUGAAUGACCAAAAGCAAGAGAGAAACAUGGGAAUGGUAGAUCCCAGAGAGAUCAAAAUGGGUGACAAGAGAUAUUACAGAUAUUUGGGUUCCUUAACUGUUCCUCCUUGCACUGAAAGAGUUAUUUGGACCAUAAACAAGAAGAUAAGGACUGUUUCAGAAGACCAAGUUAAAGCACUCAGAGAAGCCGUUCAUGAUUAUGCAGAGAGAAAUGCAAGACCAGUUCAACCACUCAACAAACGAGAGAUCAAACUCUAUGAAGCAGAGGACACAUCCAACUGAUUAAAAAAACUUAAAGGGUUAAUUAUGAGCAAGAAUAUUUUUUUUUUUCCACCUCUUAAAAUGGAAGCCGUCUUAAGUUUGCAUUAAUGAUAGAACCAUGUUGCAAGUACAAUGCAGGAAGAAGUCUAUAGUUUUCACAGUGAUUAAUAAAAAAAAAUUCCAAAUAAAAAAGAUUGUGAUCUUUGAAGGGAA